AUGGUGAUCAAAGUCUACAUAGCAUCGUCUUCAGGCUCCACGUCGAUUAAAAAGCAGCAGCAGGAUGUAAUGGGCUUCCUGGCGGCCAAUAAGAUCGACUUCGAGGAGUGUGACAUUGCGGCCGACGAGGAGAACAGGAAGUGGAUGAGAGAGAACGUCCCGGAGGAUUCACGGCCGGCCACAGGGAACCCACUGCCCCCACAGAUAUUCAACGACGCCACGUACUGCGGGAACUAUGAAGCCUUCUUUGACGCCAGAGAGGACAACGCCGUGUAUGCGUUUCUGGGUCUGACAGCUCCCCCAGGCUCUAAGGAAGCAGAGGCACUUGCCAAGAAGAUGCAGCAGCAAUAG